ACCGAAGCACCCACAGGGUAUGCUGUACACUUCACACCACCACAGAACACAUCCAAUCCAGCAAGUUUACAAGGGACAACAUGUCGAGUAUAGCAAAUAGCCUGGCCAGAAGGAAAACCAGGGAGGACGAAGGGAUAGGCAGCAAUGACAAGGCCAUACCCUUCAACAAGCAGGAUUAUGAAAGUCUGAGAACAGACUGCUUGAAGAAUGGGACCCUGUUCAAUGACCCAACCUUCCCAGCUGACUGGAACUCUCUCGGUUACAAUGAGUUGGGACGCUACUCCUCCAAAACAAAGGGUGUGGUGUGGAAAAGACCCACGGAAUUUUUGUCAAGCCCUCAGUUCAUUGUUGAUGGAGCCCAGAGAACCGAUAUCUGUCAAGGAGCUCUAGGUGACUGUUGGUUACUGGCUGCCAUUGCUUCUUUGACCCUGGAUAAGGAAAUCCUCGCUCGAGUUGUUCCUCCCGGGCAAAGCUUUACUGAGAACUAUGCAGGGAUCUUUCACUUCCAGUUUUGGCAGUUUGGAGAAUGGGUGGAUGUUGUAAUUGAUGACAGGCUUCCCACUAGAGAGGGCAAGCUCCUUUUCGUCCACUCCGCCGAGGGGACGGAGUUCUGGAGUGCCCUGCUGGAGAAGGCCUAUGCCAAAGUAAACAGCUCAUAUGAGGCCUUGUCUGGUGGUUCCACCAACGAAGGCUUUGAAGACUUCACUGGAGGUAUUGCCGAGACCUACAACUUGGGAAAAGCCCCACCCUACCUUUUUAAAAUCCUCCAGAAAGCUCUUGGGCUGGGUUCCCUCUUGGGCUGCUCAAUUGAUAUAACAAGUGCAUCCGAGACUGAGGCUGUUACUCGUCAGAAGUUGGUGAAAGGCCAUGCAUACUCCAUCACUGCAGCGGAAGAGGUCCACCUGCAUGGUACACCGGUGCAGCUGGUUCGAAUCCGUAAUCCCUGGGGUCAGGUUGAGUGGACUGGUCCCUGGAGUGAUAACUCUAGAGAAUGGGAUGGGGUACAGCCAGAGGAAAAGGCAAGAUUAGAUUACUCUGCGGAGGAUGGAGAGUUUUGGAUGUCAUUAUCUGACUUCCAGCAGCAGUACUCAAAGCUAGAGAUAUGCAACCUAACACCUGACACACUAACGAGUGAUGAGGUGGCCCGCUGGAACCACUGCCAGUUUGACGGCGUGUGGAGAGUGGGCUCCACAGCUGGGGGGUGCAGGAACAAUGCAGCCACAUUCUGCUCCAACCUUCAGUUUGUCAUCAAGUUGGAGGAUGUAGACGAGGAGCCUAAUGAUGGGGAGGAUGGUUGCACCUUCCUGGUGGGUCUGAUGCAGAAAGAUGGACGCACAGAGCGUAGAUUUGGCCGAGACCUCAACACCAUUGGCUUUGCUAUUUACCAGGUCCCAGAUGAGUAUGAGGGCCGUUCCAACGUUCACCUGGGCCCGGACGUGCUUCUGAGACAGCGGCCUGUGGCCAUGAGCAGCACCUUCAUCAAUCUCAGGGAGAUCUGCGGACGAUUCAAGCUUCCCCCGGGGGAGUACAUCAUCAUUCCGUCCACCUUUGAGCCACACCGCAAGGGCAGUUUCAUCCUCCGUGUGUUUUCUGAGAAGCAGGCUGCCACCAGUCCAAUGGAAGAGGAUAUCAGUGUUGAGGUUGAGGAGCAUAAAAUCGCAGAGAGUGAUGUGGAUCCUCACUUCAAACAUCUUUUCAUGCAAAUAGCUGGAAACGAUGCAGAAAUUUCUGUCUUUGAGCUUCAACAGAUUUUAAACAAAGUAAUCACCCACAGAUCUGAUGUGAAAACUGAUGGGUUCAGCCUUGAGACCUGCCGGCACAUUAUCAGCCUCUUUGAUAUGGAUGGCUCUCAUAAAUUGGGCUUGGUUGAGUUUCAUGCUCUGUGGACAAAGAUUCAGAAGUACCUGGAAAUCUUCAAAAGUGUUGACACAGACAAUUCUGGCACCAUGAGCACCCAUGAGAUGAGGGGGGCAUUGACUGUGGCGGGAUUUCAGGUCAAUAGUGAUGUGAUCCAAGUUAUAGUGUCCCGCUAUGCUAAUGCUGAGUAUGCCAUUGACUUUGACUGCUUUGUGGGCUGCCUGAUACGACUGGAAAUGCUGUACAAAAUGUUCAAAACACUUGACACAAAUGGUAGUGGGAAGAUUGAGCUGAAUAUACUUCGUUGGCUUUGUCUGGCUCUCAACUGAAGUUCUAGAGAACAUCAUCAAUGGGCGGAGACAGGCACAAAAGAAGGAGGACAUUCAAAUCAAUGGAAUGGAAUCUUCCAUAUUAUCCUGCUUUUGCUACAUUACAUUUUUAUAACAAUACAGAUCCUUGACUGAAUCAUAUAGGUACAUAGAGUCAUUGUAAAUGUUAGAUGUUUGUCCUUAAAAGUAUUGUACUGAACUAUCCGAAGAUUGUUAUUCAUGUCUACAUUUCUUGAGAGUACCAUAUAUCAAUAAAUGUGUGAAUUUGA